AUGUCCGCCUUCAGCAACGCCGCUCGCCGCUGUUACUCUUCCGGUGCCUUUGCUCCGCGCUACUCGCGCCUGCAGCUUCUCGUUGCUCACAGCGCCAUCACCGCCGGCGUCGUGCUGCCUUUCGUGCACCCCUACCUGCAGACCCGUCAAGCAAAGCGUGAUGGCACCUACAUGACCAAGCCGCCGAUCCCCUUCACGCCGAGCCCCAAGUUCUAG